AUGAACACAAGUGAAAACGGUAAUUCGACAAUGACAACAGUUUUUGACCACCAAUUAAGAUUUGUUGAACAAGUUGUCCUUGGCAGCAUCUUCGUCUUAGCGUUGAUCGGUAAUAUUUCGGUUUUAGUUGUUAUGUUAGCAACCAGAAAUCGACGAACAACACGAAUGGCGUUCUUUAUACUUCAUCUAACAAUUGCUGACCUUCUAGUCGCAUUUUUCAGCGUUUUACCAAUGUUCAUUUGGAAAAUACGACCUACAUUUCUCGAUGGAGAAAUUAUGUGUCGAGUAUUCUCCUACUUUAUGUUAACAACAACAUAUAUAUCAGUUUACACUCUUGUUGUCAUGGCUAUCGAUCGUUACCAAGCCAUUGUACACCCAUUAUCGAUCUACACAUGGACACAAACUGCCGGCCUCUAUCAUAUGGCCGCUGUUUGGUUUUUAAGUCUUGUACUGGCAUCGCCCCAAUUGUUUAUCUUUCGUUUGGAAUACGAUCCGAAGCAUGAAACUAAAUCUUGUCGAGCUAAAUUCUUAGGAUCCGAUCGAACAUGGGAAUUGGUUUAUAUAUCGUGGAAUAUUCUUGCUCAGUUUGGUUUACCAGUAUGUGUUCUAAUCUAUUGUUACGGUUCAGUUUACUUUAUUGUCAAUCGAAGUUUUGCAAUGUAUCGGCUAACAGACAAUGCGCGAACGAUGAGUAUAACUAAUCUACCCACGCUCUCAUUACCAAAGAAUCUCAAUCAUUUGUCAGCAUCAACAUUAACGGUCGAGCGCACUUCAAAAGCCUCACGUCUAAAUCAUAUUCGUAUUCAUUAUCCUUCCGCAGAUGGUUCAACUGUAUCAAAUGCGACAUAUUACAACAAAUCUCCGUCGUUAAUGUACCCGGUAGUGUUUCGUUUAAGACGUUCAUCGAUAGAAUCAUCAGCACAGCAAAGCUCGAUGAGUUUAGAUGGAAACAAAUGUCAACAACGAUACGGCGCAAGUCACUUUCUCUCUCGCGCGCGCCUGAAAACAAUCAAACUAACAUUUAUUGUUGUUCUAGCUUAUAUUCUUUGCUCAGCUCCGUUCUACGUCGGACUGAUCAUGAUGGUUUUGAAUAAUAAUUUAUUCUCUCAGAAAACAAUGAAUUGGCUAAUAACAAUCUUCACUCUUCUAUUUAAUUUAAAUAGCUGUUCAAAUCCGAUUAUAUGCCUAACGUUAAGCAGCACUUUAUUCCAACGUAAACGCGACCCAAAACAACCACCUGCGCCAUCGCGAAGAAGUCAAAGUAGUCAUGAAAAUACAGAUCAUUCUUACAAGAGGAAGCUGUUCAAAAAACGUUUUGUUUUUCUGUGA